CAGGAGGACGAAGCGAAGGAGACUGUCGUAAAGUGGAAUGUUUUUGAGUGAGGAGGUCAUUGGAAAGUGAGGUUGUUUGGUACGUUGUCGGGGGAAUAGCAGAUACUCUGAUACCAGAGUGGCUUUACUCAAAUCCAGUGUCGUUUUACAGGGGUCAUCACGUUCAAAAUGUUGCGUUUAGCGCUGCGAGUGCGUCCAUCCCCCAGAUUCACCCGGCCCAGUGUCCGGACGGGCCCUGCUGCUGCUGCUAGUCCACGAUCCGGACCGCUGUCAUGCCAUCAUCUCAAGCGAUACCACUCCAGCGGCCCGGCCCGGCCCCGGAUCUUGAGUGACGGUCGGCGUGUGUUCAACAGCAUCCUCAUUAACAGAUCAUGGGUCUGGAGAAGCCAGACGGCUAGUUUCAGUCAAAGCAUGCGAGUGUACAGUCUGCCGCCACAUCAGAAAGUGGAACUACCCGCGUUGUCCCCAACUAUGCAGAUGGGCACUAUUGCACGCUGGGAGAAGAAAGAAGGAGACAAAAUCAAUGAGGGAGAUUUGAUUGCUGAGGUUGAAACAGACAAGGCUACGGUUGGAUUUGAAAUGCUGGAGGAGUGCUACCUUGCCAAGAUCUUGGUCCCUCAGGGUACAAGAGAUGUGCCCAUUGGGGGUGUCAUUUGUAUUACAGUUGACAAUCCUGACCUCAUCCCUGCAUUUAAAGACCUUACAUUGGAUAAAAUCGCUAGCUCCGCCUCUGCACCUGCAGCUGCCCCUCCCCCUCCAGCAGCGCCUGCUGCUGCUCCUGCUUCACCACAAGUUCCUGGAAGCUCCCACCCACCUCACAUGAAGGUUCUUCUCCCAGCUCUCUCCCCCACUAUGACUGUGGGCACCGUGCAGCGCUGGGAGAAGAAGGUGGGUGAGAAACUUGGUGAGGGAGACCUGCUGGCUGAAAUCGAGACCGAUAAGGCAACAAUCGGUUUUGAGGUACAGGAGGAGGGUUACCUGGCUAAGAUAUUGAUUGCUGAGGGCACCAGAGACGUUCCCCUUGGCACUCCUCUCUGUAUAAUUGUGGAAAAGGAAACCGAUAUUGGCGCAUUUGCAGACUAUGUAGAGACAGGGGUGGCUACAAGCCCACCUCCCGCACCAACACCGGUGGCCACCCCACCACCAGCUCCAGCAGCUCCCACCCAAGCACCUGCCACUACUCCAGCCGCCCCUGCUGCUCCUAGGAAGGGUAGGGUGUUUGCCAGUCCACUAGCCAAGAAACUGGCAGCCGAGAAGGGAAUUGAUAUCGCCCAAGUCACAGGAACUGGACCAGACGGCGCAGUCACCAAGAAAGAUAUCGACACUUUCGUUCCACCUAAGCCCGCUCCUACACCAGCUGCUCCACCCACACCCACACCCAGCCCUCCAGCCGCCCCUGCUUUUGCUGCUGUACCUACAGGAACCUUCACUGACAUCCCCAUCAGCAACAUCCGCAGAGUGAUUGCCCAGAGGUUGAUGCAAUCGAAGCAGACUAUUCCUCACUAUUAUUUGUCUAUCGAUGUCAACAUGGACCAAGUUGUUGAACUCAGGAAAGAACUCAAUGCUGAGCUGAAAGCGGAUAACCUCAAACUCUCGGUCAAUGACUUCAUCAUCAAGGCCUCGGCUCUGGCCUGUUUAAAAGUGCCAGAGGCCAACUCCUCCUGGAUGGACACAAUCAUCAGACAAAAUCACGUGGUGGAUGUUAGUGUGGCAGUCAGUACACCUGUGGGUCUAAUAACUCCCAUUGUAUUUAAUGCUCAUAUUAAGGGUCUUGCGACUAUCAGCAAAGACGUAGCCUCAUUAGCUGCUAAAGCCCGAGAGGGAAAACUACAACCGCACGAAUUCCAGGGUGGUACCUUCACUAUUUCCAAUCUGGGCAUGUAUGGGAUCAAGCAUUUUUCUGCUAUCAUUAACCCUCCUCAAGCCUGCAUUCUGGCUGUGGGUGGCUCAGAAAAGAGACUGCUGCCUGCAGACAACGAAAAAGGGUUUGAUGUGGCAAGCAUGAUGUCUGUGACUCUGAGCUGUGAUCACCGGGUGGUAGAUGGCGCUGUUGGCGCACAGUGGCUGGCCGAGUUCCGCAAGUUCCUGGAGAAACCAUACACAAUGCUCCUGUGAGCAGGAAGUUUAAAGGCUCCUGGCCCUCCCCCAAAAAACAGUGGACUUUAAGAUUUGGAUAGGUCUCUCUCAUUGCUUGUAUGCUUUCCCUGGGAAUUAUAACAGCUGGUUCUCUCCUCUCUCUUUUUAUUUUUCUUAUCACUCACAUACUCCCUUUCAUAUACUGUAUUUUCAACAGUGCUUCCUAAAUCCUGAAGUAACCUCUCAACCCAAAGUCGUAAGUAAUUGUUAAGGUUGUUUUCUGUAGUUUCAGAAGAUAAUGCAAGGGUUUUCUUCUUCCUUCAGGAUAUUGUUACAAGCACUGUAAGUCUGUGUUUGCCAUUAGAUCAAAGAAUAAUGUCUCAUCAUCUGUACCUAAAAGCUUUGACUUGUUUCCAUGUAUCAUUACACAUUCAUUGGCACAAUAUGAGUAUUCUUUCUGUACAAGAAAAACCGUGAUGAGAUCUGGAGAUGUGCGUGCCAAAUAUUGUCUCAAUACAAUUGAAAUUUAUCGAUGACCCAUUA